GAACGGGAGUGGGAGGGAGACUCCAGGGGAGGAGAAGAAGAAGGGGGAGAAAAAAAAAACCACUCGAGAGUUCCUUCCGGUUGGAAUGCUCGGAGCAGCUGCACAGCAGGAGAUGAAUGGAGGCCGCGUGGUAUGGCAAGGGAAGGGUCGAAGCGGGGAUGCGCAGCGGGCCGGGCGCGCGCGCAGAGAUGCAAUGGCAGGGCCGGGAAGGGCGGGGCUGCUUAGGGGGAGGGGGGUGCAGGAGGGGUGAAAGCGGUGCAGCCCCCGAGGGAGUUCUCCCCCUCCUCUCCUCCCUAGGGAGGUCUUGCAGCUGCGCCCCGCAGGCCCAGAGGCACCAGCUCUGCAGGCAGAGGGUCCCGGGUUCAAAUCCUGGCAUCCUCAUUUCGGGCUGGGAACGCCCCCUGCUUGAAACUCCUGGAGAGGCGCUGCCGGCCAGUGUGGGCAGCGCUGGGCUGGAUGGAUCCCCACGGUCUGACUCUGUGCAAGGCGGCGCCCUGCGUUCCUAUCCGGGAACGGGAUGAAGUCAUCUCAAAUGUGAGGGAGGAGCAGAAGGUGGUCCCAAAUUCAUCCCCCGACAUUUUCAUGUAGGGCUGAAAUCCAGGAGGGCUGCUGCCAGUCAGUGCAGAAAGGGCUGAGCUAGGUAGAAUAAUAGAAUUGUAGAGUUGGAAGGGACCCAAGGGAUCAUCUGUUCCUCAGUACUGCCAGAGGCAUAGCCAAGCCAUGCAUCUCUUAUUGGAAUAACUCCGUGGAUUGGGCACCUGAAGGCUCCGCAGUGCCCGAAAGGGCUGGAGGAGGUGGUAGACCUGGCAGAGGCAACUCAGCCCUCCAGAUGUUUGGGGACCACAGGUCCCAUCAUCCCUGACGACUGGUUCUGUUAGCUAGGGAUCAUGGGAGUUGUAGUCCCAAAACAUCUGGAGGGCCGAGUUUGCCUAUGCCUGUGGUACACAGAUUCCCUGCAGGCUCUGAGUGCUCGCACUGGGAUUCUGGUGUGCCCUGCCCCACCCCGCGGGCAUGCAGGCGGCCCCAGGCACCCAGGCGGCUAGCUACGCCGCUGGCACUGCAAUACCUCAAGGACUGCCUCUCUCCAUAUGAACUAACCAGACCCUGAAAUCAUUCGCUGAGGCCCUUCCUCCUGUGCCCCCUCCGCAAGAGGUCCAGAGGAUGACAACACAAGAACAGGGCCUUCUCUGCAGUGGCUCCCCAUUUGUGGAAUGCUUUCCCCAGGGAGGCUCGUGUGGCACCUUUGUGUGGCACUAAAGAUAUAUAUAUCUUUAGGCACCAGGCGAAAACGUUGCUCUUCAACCAGGCCUUUGGCUGAUUAACAUUCUACACUCUUUUAAAUAUGUUUGUAGGAGGGGAUUAUUAUUUUGUUUUUAUUUUAACUUUUUGUUUGUAUUUUUACCUUGUGUUUUUAGCUUGUGAACUGUCCUGAGAUCUUGUGAUGGGCGGUAGAUAAAUCUAAUCAAACAAACAAACAAACAAAACAAUGCAAUGCAAUGCAGGAAUCUCAGCUACAUGACCAAUGGCCAUCCAAACUUCUGCUUUAAAAUCUCCAAGGAAGGAGAGUCCACCAUCUCCAGAGGGAGUCUGCUUCACUGUCAGAAUCACUGAUCUUGCAAUGUGAAUCCAUUGGUUGCUGCAUCUUUCAUGUGAGAGCCCUUUAGAUAUUUGAUGAUUCCAUCCCAACUCAGUAUAAGGCAGCCAAGGAUGUUUCCCACCCUGGUCUUCCCAUCUUAAAAAAUAAAUAAAUCCACAUUUCCCCAAACGUUAUGGAGAAACAUGUUAUGGAGAGGGAUGAUAUAUCAUGAAUCCAGCAGCAUCUGGGAGUCCUAUAAAAUUCCCCAUUAAAGGGUUUGUCUAGCCCAGAAUUGUCUGCUCCAAUCUCUAGUGGUCCUCCAAGGUCUCUAGGAGAGGUUCUUUCCCUUCACCGGAUUGAAAUGUGAAUGAAUAAUCUAAUCAAUUGUGGCCAAAGGUCAGGGGAUGGUGGGAAUUGUAGUCCAAGAGUGCUACAUCCAUGCUUUACGGAGUCUCCCACCCAGAGGCAGCAGAUCUCCAGUAAAUAGCCAUGGUUGAUGGUGCCUUAGUUCAAAAACUGAGUCUGGUAAGAAGAAAAUAUCUAGAAUUCUUCUGAACAACACAGAACCCCCCCCCCCCAAAGUGCAGCUUUGAUUCAAUGCAAGAAUAUAUUAUUGUUAUUGUCAGUGUCAUUAUUAUUAAAAAUUUGUAUACUGCCCUUCACCCGUAUAUCUCGGGGAGAUUCGUGACAUCAAAUUACAACAUAAAAAAAUACAAAAUACAUAAUAAGAACGAAAACAUACCACUAACCGCCCCCUCCCUCAACACAUUUCAAAGGGAUGUUAAUCAGCCAAAGGCCUGGUUGAAGAGGAACCUUUUCGCCUGGCACCUAAAGGUGUAUAAAACAAUACAAUAACAACUUGAUUUGCCCAAUUUGGUUGUCAUUUGUUGGACGGGUGAGGUUCUUGACCAAGACUUUGACCUGAAUAAUAAAGUUAAAAUGAAGCUACUUUACAUAAAGCCAGACCAUUGGCUCAUCUAGUUCAGUAUUGUCUAUACCUGGAUCAGAAGAGAAUCUCUGCUCCAGAGGCCGAAUACAAGUUUUUCUGCCUCUUUGGACAACUGCUUUGAAUGGGAUUGAAAGAGAGCAGGCCGUCAAAUGAACAUGUUGAUCUCUCUCACUCUAGUUCACGUGUCUCCCAGUUUGGGUUUCAAAGAGAACGCGAUCAGUGAUCGCUAGCCUCAAUGGCUAUGUUUUGCCUUGACUGUUGAAGGCAGUAUAUGGGUCUGAAUACCGAUUGAACUGGGAACUGCAACUAAUCAACUAAAACAAUCCAGAAUAAAACAAAUUCAAGCUUCAAGGAAAAUAUUUCAGAUCCUGCUCUAAGUGACAUUUUGCUUUCCCCAUAUUUAUUCACCUACUUAAUUUAUAGAGCUGCCCCGUAGCAGAAGAACUCUAGGAAACCAUGGUGGUGGUGUGAUUAGAGCAUGGUUAGGCAAACUAAGGCCUGGGGGCCGGAUCCGGCCCAAUUGCCUUCUCAAUCCGGCCCGUGGACGGUCUGGGAAUGAGCGUGUUUUUACAUGAGUAGAAUCUGUGCUUUUAUUUAAAAUGCAUCUCUGGGUUAUUUGUGGAGCAUAGGAAUUCAUUCAUUAUUUUUUCCCAAAAUAUAGUCCGGCCCCCCACAAGGUCUGAGGGACAGUGGACUGGCCCCCUGCUGAAAAAGUUUCCUGAUCCCUGGGCUAGAGUUUUGGACUAGGACGUGGUAGAUCAGGGUUCAAAUUCCCACUUGGUCAUGACGCUCGCUGCGUGACCUGGGAGUCAGUCACAGCCUCUUAACUUACCUCACAGGGUCAUUGUAGGGAUUAACUGAGGAGCGUGGGGACCCAAGUGCUCCCUGGAGAAAAGGGUGGGAUAUAAACAAGCUCUUCUGCUCACCAGGCAGAGGGCCUUCUCGGUGGUGGCACCUGCUCUGUGGAACACCCUCCCAUCAGAUGUCAAGGAAAUAAACAACUAUCUGACUUUUAGAAGACAUCUGAAGGCAACCCUGUUUAGGGAAGUUUUUAACGUUUGAAGUUUCCCCCCAAAAAAAAACCGAAAAAAGAAAAAUUACAAACAUCAAAUUCAACAUCCAUAUUCAUUUUCUAACAAAUCUAUUACAGAAUUAACUAAAUUAAAAUAUACCAAAUUACUCUAAACUUCUCUUUGCUGUAUACAAAUAUAGAGGGAUCUUAUAUUAAAGAUUUUAUAUUAUAAAUAAUCUUUCAAACUCCCCUUCACCCAUGUGUGAUCUCUUCCCCCCCUUCUUCUUCUUCUGCCUUGUGGUGUUAUAAUUUAAUCAUUGUUCAGCUGAUUCUUUUAUUAUUUCCUUGCUUACCCCUGCAUGUUUUACACGUUAUCUAUUAAUAUUCCAGUUCCGGAACCAUAUUUUUUCAUAUAUUCCUUCACUGAAGGUUUUAUUUUGUUUUUUAGUGUUCUGUUGAAAGCCACCCCGAGUGGCUGGGGUAGAAAUAAAUAAAUUAUUAUUUAUUAUUACCUGCUUAAGAAAGCUGGAGGGGCAGCCAGAUGGAGAUGUCAGUCGCCCACCUGGCAUCCAGAGAUCUCCACGUGGUCGUAAUUGGACCUGCGCCGGUUGCAAAAUGAGCCUGGCAUCUGGGGGAUUUUGAACCCUGCCUAAGAGACUUCCGUUUGGCCACUUCGAGAACAGGACUAGACGGGCCUUUGCCCUGAUGCAACAGGUCUCUCCUUACGUUGUUUUGUUUCUGUGUCUUUCCUCCAGGAAACAGCUUCUUUGGAACAUGAUUUGCUCUCGUUUCUAGACACUCGGCGAUCCCCAAUUAAAAUCUGGAGAGAGGCAGAGAGACCUUGGGAGGCUGCCCUGCAGGAGCGAAGUUGCCGCGAUGUCUGCUGAUCAGGGAGCGCUGCCAGAUUUGGGUGCCACGUUCCCAUCCAGGCUAGAUCGGGCUGUGCCAUCGGUGACGGAGGAGGAAAUGGAAGAGAGGGAGGAGGAGGAGGAGGCUGGAGCAGCAGACCCCAUGGCGUGGGCAGAAGGAAAUGAUGGUCCCGGUGUCACCCGGGCCGUCAACGUCGGGGAUUAUUUGCCGAGUUUGCCAGGCCAGCGUUUUAAACACAAACCAGGGCUGUUUGUGGAUGUGGAGUCACAGUGGAGGGAGCUGCCAAGGGCAGCAGACUCCCAAAGCUCCAAUGAGAGGAGCCCACAGGCAUUGGACUCUCCACACCAGAAGAAUAUCCACACUUUUCCACCCUCCAUCAAACUGGAGACAGAAGCCACCGGGUGCGCCACAGAAGAGUGGGAGACCCAAACCCGGCCUGGCCUUGGCAGGGCAUCCCAAGAGGACCCGCCGAGCAUGGAUCCCUCGGGGCCCCUGCAGGAAGAAGGGGCCCCGGACGAGGACGCCGUCAUUUCUGAGAUCCAGCGCCAGCGCUUCCGGCAGUUUUGCUACCGGGAGGCGGAGGGGCCCCAAGAGGCCUGCAGCCGCCUCUGGUUCCUCUGCUGCCGGUGGCUGAAGCCGGAGAGGCACACCAAGGAGCAGAUCCUGGAGCUGGUGAUCCUGGAGCAGUUCCUGGCCGUCCUGCCGCCGGAGGUGCAGAGCUGGGUCAUGGAGGGCUGCCCAAAGAGCUGUGCCCAGGCGGUGGCCCUGGCGGAGGGGUUUCGGCAGAGGAAGAGGAAGCCCGAACAGCUGGAGGAGCAGGUGGGGGUGAGGCGCACUGUUUGGGCAUGGAUGCAUACGAGUUUUAUGCAGCAUUGCGUAACAUUUUAUUUUUUGGGGGGGGAGGGGUGAUCCAUUUCCUCUUUUUUAAAAUUUUAUUUAAGUAUUCCUUAGACAGCUCAGUGGGACGCAGGUGGCUCUGUGGGUUAAACCACAGAGCCUAGGACUUGUCGAUCAGAAGGUCGGCAGUUCGAAUCCCCAUGAAGGGGUGAGCUCCCAUUGCUCGGUCCCUGCUCCUGCCAACCUAGCAGUUCCAAAGCACGUCAAAGUGCAAGUAGAUUGCUGUUCUGGCUUCUGGGAUAGCCGCGUGAAGCAUCUUCAGGGCAGCGGGAUGAAGGCUCCCCCUGCCCUGAAGAGGUUUCGCGCGCUGUUCUGGCUUCUGGGAUAGCUGCGCAGCCUGCACUCGCCCCAUAAGACGCACACAAAUUUCCCCUUUCAGGAGGGAAAAAGUGUGUCUUAUAGAGCGAAAAAUACGUGCUCCCUAGCCAGCAUACGAAGAGUCUGGGAGCUACAUCAGACCCAUGGCCCAUCUAGUGGAGCAUCCUCUUCUCCCAUUGGCUGCCCAGAUCCCCAGCAGGAAGCCCCACAAGCGGGACAUGAGCACACUUUGCUUCUGCUCACCAGCAAUCUCCGCAACAGCAGGUAUUCAGAGCCUCUGACUCACAAGAGGUCCGGAGGGUGGCAAUGCGAGAGCAGGGCCUUUUCUGCAGUGGCUCCCUGCCUGUGGAAUGCUCUCCCCAGGGAAGUUUGCCUGGCGUCUUCAUUAUACAGUGGACGCUCGGGUUGCGAAUGUGGUCCAUGCGGGAUGCACGUUCGCAAGCCGCGUCGGCGCAUGCGCGGGUUGCAAUUUGGCGCUUAUGCGCAAAGAUUUAGCAUAAUUUAGCAAUCUGCACAUGUGUGACUGCCAAAACCCAGAAGUAACCUGUUCCGGUACUUCCAGGUUUCGGCGGUCCGCAACCCGAAAAAAUGCAACCUGAAGCGUCUGUAACCCGAGGUAUGACUGUACACCUUUAGGCACCAGGCAAAAAUGUUCCUCUUCAAUCAGGCAUUUGGCUGAUUGACACCUUUUUAAAUGUUCUGUGGGGGGGAAUGAUUGGUUUGUUGCUGUUCUUAUUUUUAUUAUGUAUUUUGUGUUUUUUGUAUUGUCGUUUUAUGUCGUGAGCCGGCCUGAGAUCUGUGGGUGAAGGGCGGCAUACAAAUUUAAUAGAUAACAACAACAACAACAUAUUAGUAGCUGUAUCUAUUUCAACUUCAUUUUAACAUUCUUGCAUUGGAGCAAAGCUGCACUUGGGGGGGGGGGUGUUUCCUGCAUUGUUCAGAAGCAUUCUAGAUAUUUUCUUUGGACCAGACUCCGUUUUGGAGCUGAGCCACCAUCAACACUGGCUAUAUACAGUGGUACCUCGGGUUACAUACGCUUCAGGUUACAUACGCUUCAGGUUACAUACGCUUCAGGUUACAUACGCUUCAGGUUACAGACUCCGCUAACCCCUAAAUAGUAACUCGGGUUAAGAACUUGCUUCAGGAUGAGAACAGAAAUUACGGGGCGGCGGCGGGAGGCCCCAUUAGCUAAAGGGGUACCUCAGGUUAAGAACAGUUUCAGGUUAAGAAUGGACCCCUUUUAACCCGAGGUACCACUGCACAGCAUUAAAAUACAGUAUCAGCCUAUAUUACACACACACACACACACACACACACACACACGCACACACACACUAAUACAAAUAAGUUUUUAGAUUUUUAGAACGAAUUCUGGAGAUUCUGUAAAGCAGGGAUGUGGCAUUACAAUUAAUAAAAUUAAUAGAACAUAGCCAUUGUGGUGAGUAGCCAUUGAUAGCCCUCUUCUCCACAAAAUUUUCUAAUGCUCUUAAAGCCCUCAAAGUUGGUGGCCAUCACUGCCUCCCUUGGGGAUGCGCCUUAUAGUUUAACCAUGCGCUGCUUGCAGAUGGACUUCCUUUUACAUGUUCUCCUAACUUUUGGCCCAAAUCUGCCAUCUGCACUUGUUGGUUAUUCUCUGCGCUAGCUACUGUCCCCUUCCCACCUCACCUGUAUGAAAUUUGAUGAGAAUCCAGGUUCCCUAUGCCAUUGAAAUUCUACUCAAUAUUGAUCCAGAGCAGAUUCUAGUGUAUAGUUAGCAGAGUAAAAACUUAAGCACGUUGUGGGAUUCCCAAAAAAUAAACCAAAGGAAAUGGAUAUUUCAUCCAGUAGAGCUUUACUGCUCCUGAAGGCAAAUGAGCAUAAUGGUCACAAAUUCAAUGCAUUCAGGAUUGGCACUGUCCAUAAGAAAUCCAGUUGCAGCAGACUUAACUGAAACUUACAAUAACUUAUAAUAAGACUAAAGGCUUAACAUUAUCUAUGUGCAGAACACCACACUAGGAGGAAAAGAGAUAGAAAGAGAAAGCGUGAGACCCAGGCUCUUCUGGCCUUAUAAUUAUAGUCAGCAUGACCUUGACAGAAAGAGAUAACAGGACCAGUUUAAGCCAGCUGUACUCAGCUUCUCUGAAGGAAAGGAAUAACCCAAACAUCAUUAACCUUCUGCUUGUUUCUUUUACGCAGAGAAGAAACCUUCCAGAACCCUCUUGAACUAUAAUAAUAAUAAUAAAUUUUAUUUAUACCCCGCCCUCCCCAGCCAAGACCGGGCUCAGGGCGGCUAACACCAGAUAUAAAACAAUUGAUUGAAAUACAACUUAAAAAACAAGAUUAAAAUACAACAUUAAAAUGCAGCCUCAUUUCUGCAGAAACUGAAAAACUUUUUGGGGGAUGAAAACAUCAAGUCUUUACCAAGGCUAACUAUCCAGACUGGUCCUACGUGGGCCAGAAAAAAGCCAGGGAAGUCCCCAAGUAGGAGUUCCAUCACAGAUGGAACUAUGCAGAAUAGGAAAGAUCUCUAUGUUGUUGUUGUUUAGUCGUUUAGUCGUGUCCGACUCUUCGUGACCCCCUGGACCAGAGCACGCCAGGCACUCCUGUCUUCCACUGCCUCCCGCAGUUUGGUCAGACUCAUGUUUGUGGCUUCGAGAACACUGUCCAACCAUCUCGUCCUCUGUCGUCCCCUUCUCCUUGUGCCCUCCAUCUUUCCCAACAUCAGGGUCUUUUCCAGGGAGUCUUCUCUUCUCAUGAGGUGGCCAAAGUAUUGGAGCCUCAGCUUCACGAUCUGUCCUUCCAGUGACCACUCAGGGCUGAUUUCCUUCAGAAUGGAUGCGUUUGAUCUCCUUGCAGUCCAUGGGACUCUGAAGAGUCUCCUCCAGCACCAGAAUUCAAAAGCAUCAAUUCAUCAGAUCAAUACUUUCUGUACUAAGAAAUGCAAACUGACACCUUAGUCCUGCCCUCUCCUGCUCUCUGUCCCUCUGUGCCAGAUGGGAUCUUUGUUUCUGUUUCAGGUGCCGGCAAAAGAGAGAGGCCGGGAUUUCGCUGCGGCAGAAGAGGCUCUGCUGGACUGCGACCCGAACCGGGCAUUUGGGGAGGGUGAUGCGGUUGCCGCCAGCUCACUGGGUAAGGAUGAGCAGGGUUUCGGAUGCUUUGAAGCCUAGAUGAGGCCUAAGGUUUCUUCCAAUGAGGCAGGGUCCUCAAUCUGUGUAUGCCAGAGAUGGGGCAGAAAGUGGAUGGUGAUGAUUUCUUGGUAGUUCACCUGAAGACCAAUGCCUUUCUGACUCGCAAGGAUUUAGCAACAGCAACAGGAGAAAGACUCCCUCCUCAAAGUUUGGGAGUCAAAAUGUCUUGUUGGAAAACCGAUUUGUAAAAAAAAAAGGUGUUACGUGGAAAAAAAAUACGAGAGAGAGACAUUGCACAUACCUUUGUAAAUCAAGAAAAUCUUUAAUAAAAAUACACUAAAAAAAUUAUAGACCUAUUAUAAAUUAGAUUACAUGGCAAAAGCAAGCUCACACCUCUCACAGAGUUUGUUUAAGGUAAGAGGCAUGUUCAUAAUUAUAUUUUGGGAACGAUUCGUGUUCUUAGCAACUGUCUUGUUUUAUACUUGCUCAUAUUAUAAAGUUGUUGCGUUUUAUGUUAUAAAUCAAGCACUGCAUUAUAUAUAUAUCUAUAUCUAUAUCUAUAUCUAUAUCUAUAUAUAUAUAUGUAUGUAUGUCUUGUUGGAGUAACUCAGGCGUUGUUUUUAAGGGUCUCCAGUUUGCUUGUUUUCAUUUUUAAAAUAUUUAUUGAGAUUUUUCAAUAAAGGUGUAGAGACAGCAAAACAAGACAAAAAAUCGCUUGAAACGGUUAUACAAAACAACAAUUGGGUAUUCAGAAUUCUAGAAUCAUAGAAUGGUACAGUUGGAAGGGACCCUGAGGGUCAUCUAGUUCAAUGCCCUGCAAUGCAGGAAUCUUUUGCCCAAGGUGGGAUUCAAACCCACAACCCUGAGAUUAAGAGUCUCGUGCUCCACCAACUGAGCUAGGCUCCUCCAGAUGCUGGACUCAACGGGCUGUGGUCUGAUCUAAAAGGGGGCCACUUUACAAUGCACCCAGGAAGAGGUUUCUAUAAUCUGGGCGUCACCUUGAGGCAGAAGGCCUGAAAGACAAGAGGCUGGUUCUUAUAGCUCCUUAUUAAUUACCUGACCGGUGUGCUUGAAUAGCACCAUUGUCGGUGUUGUGGUUAGGGUGGAUAACUAGGACCAAGUGGACCACAGCUCGAGACGCGCUCUCUCUCCCUCUCUCUUUUUAAAAUAAUUUUUAUUGAAUGAUUUUAUGUUACAAAAAACAUUACAACCAUACUACCACAAAAUAUAAUUGAGAAAUAAAAAUUACAUACAUCAAUAUUUUGUUUGUUAUUUGUUAUUUACCCUCUUAUUUCCUCCCAAACAUUCCAUGCAAAACACACACAUGCACAAACACACACACAAAAUAAUAGUGAUAAUAACAAAAAUAAAUAUUUUCCCCCUUUUAUCUCAUAAAAUCUUUUCUUCAAUUUUGACUUCCUGUCAAGUCCCUCCGCAUAUAUUUUAUCUUACAAUUGAAUGUACACAAAACAAUAAACCUUUCUAUAUAGACUUUCCAGUACAUUCAGAAAACAUAAUAAAUCCUUAAUUGUUGUCCAUCUCCUUUUACUUCCUUUGUCACUCAAACGCUAGCACAGAGUCAAAACUAUUAUUGUAUUUUUGAACCUAUCUCUCUCUCUCUCUCUCUCUCUCUCUCUCUCUCGCCUACCUCACUGGGUUGUUCUGUGGAUAAAAGUUAGUGUGGAUCAUGCCACCAUGAUCUCCUCAGGGUGAAACAUAGGAUAUAAAUGCAGCAAAUAAAUAAAAGCAGCAUACACACUGUUCUUUUCUUACCACCCCUUCCUCUUCCAUCCUCACAAGAACCCUGUGAGGUAGUUCAGACAGAGAGGCAGCAACUGGCCCAGUGAGCUGCAUGUCUGGAUUUGAACACAGAUCUUCCUGGCCUUACUCUGGCAACAUAGGUGGUCCCGUGUAUGAUGAUUGCCAUAGCUCAUCCUGAACCCUAAGCAGGCUUUCAAAUUCUUCUCUCAUGUGUGGUGUAGUGGUUAAGAGUGGUAGACUUGUAGUCUGGUGAACCGGGUUCGCAUCUCCGCUCCUCCACAUGCAGCUGCUGGGUGACCUUGGGCCAGUCACACUUCUCUGAAGUCUCUCAGCCCCACUCACCUCACAGAGUGUUCGUUGUGGGGGAGGAAGGGAAAGGAGAAUGUUAGCCGCUUUGCGACUCCUUAGGGUAUUGAUAAAGCGGGAUAUCAAAUCCAAACCCUUCUUCUUUCUGUCUACCUCAGCAGGCGAGGAGCCAAUGACCCCCAACAAAGAGCGAGAUCGGCCAGAGCGUUCCGAUGACGAAGACGAAACAAGUGGGGUUGUGAUGGGCAGCCUGGAGGAGGAGGGGGACCCCCGGUGCGUUAAGCCCGAAGAGGCCUCUGGAAGUUGGCCGGGGCCCAAGGAGCAUCGAGGAAGUUCCCCAGGGGCGAAGCCCGUUUCUCUUCAGGAGAGGGACGAGACGCUCGGUGAAACUGUGAGCCAGCCGAGGAUCCGCACGGUGAAGAACGAGGACGCCAGCGGCUUCCCGGACAGCUCGAGCAUCAUCGAGUUCAAGGUGACGCACACGGGUGACAUGCCUUACAAGUGCCUGGACUGCGGGAAGAGCUUCAAUUACAGCACCAGCCUCGUCCGGCACCAGAGGAUCCACACGGGAGAGAAGCCGUACAAGUGCUUGGACUGCGGCAAGUGUUUCUGCCAGAGCUCGGGCCUGACGAUCCACCAGAGGAUCCACGCUGGGGAGAAGGCCUACCAGUGCCUGGACUGCGGGAAGAGCUUCCGAGUCAAGUCUCACCUGGUCCGGCACUCCAUCAUCCACAAGGGAGAGAAGCCGUACAAGUGCUUGGAGUGCGGCGUCGGCUUCUGCGAGAGGUCGGAGCUGAGGAUCCACCAGAGGAUCCACACGGGCGAGAAGCCGUACAACUGCGCCGACUGCGGGAAGAACUUCUGCCGGAAGGCGGAUCUCACCCUUCAUCAGAGAAUCCACACGGGGGAAAUGCCCUACACGUGCCUGGAGUGCGGGAAAGGCUUCCGGUGGAGCUCGAACCUCAUCACGCACCAGAAGACGCACUCCGGGGUGAAGCCUUUUGAGUGCGCCGAGUGCGGGAAGAGCUACUAUUCCAACAUGAGCCUUAUCCGUCAUCAGAGAGUCCACACGGGGGGAACCCCGUACAUCUGCUCGGACUGUGGGAAAAGCUUCUGCGACAGCACCAGCCUCACCAGGCACCAGAAGAUCCACACGGGCGAGAAGCCCUACGUUUGCCUGGAUUGCGGGAAGAGCUUCAACCGGAACUCCAACCUUAUCUCUCAUCAGAGAACCCACACGGGGGCCAAGCCGUUUCUGUGCGCGGACUGCGGGAAAAACUUCAGGUCCAAGUCGGAACUGCACAGGCAUCACACGGUCCAUGCGGGAGAGAAGGGCGAGAAAAGCGCGGCCGGCGGAGAUCCUGAGGUUAUUCCUUGCGAGAAAACCCACAGCGAGCAGGAAGUUAGAAAUGAAUAGAGGAGCGCCGGGGAAGAGGAGAUCUCUUUCUUCUAAGAAUGUACUAAUCCGUGCAAUGGAUCAUCCUGCCCGCUGAUGUACUUUGACACUCUGCCUUGCCUUUUUCUUCUCUUCCUUUGCAACCCCAAGAAUUUAGGUUUUUAUCCCUUCUUGAUUUGGACAGCCAUCAUUACAUCUCAUGCCAACUUCCUAAUUUUUCUCCUCCCCUUGGGGUUCAUGAGAACCCCCCCAAAAAAACCCCUUCCCCUCUUUCUUCCUCCUGCCCCAGGGUAGAGGGGUUCGUGGGAAACGUUUUUUAAAAACUGCCUGUUUCGCUCUUCUGCCUGCUUAAGCUGGGAUCCACAGGAAACUUUUAAAAUGACAACUUCUCCUUUUUUAUUUUUUUGAAAAUCAUGUUGUUAUGUGCUGAUUAUAUCAUGAAUUGCUAAUUGCAUGAUUUGAAAUAAUAAUAUUCCCUUUUUUGUUUUUUUAAAAAACACUAAUCUUUUUGGCAUUUUGGCAUUUUCCUUUAGGGCACUUGGCCGGCACCACGUUCCAGGAUUUGCUGUGGUCUGGCUGCUUCUAUGCCUUGGUAACUGAGCUCAGCUUCUGCUGAUAAUCUCUCUCUCCGCCCAGAGACUGGCAGGAGACCUUGCACUCUCAAUCCUACAGGGGCGUGUCUUAAAUCACGCAAGGUUUGCUACUCGGAUCUAUCUGUCAGCAGCAUCUAGGGAUGAAAAAUGGCUAAUACUCUAAGUAUUUAAAUAAUGUAGGGUUUUAUUUUGUUCUUUUUGAAGUACUUACUCCUAAGUUAUCAGGAAGUGUUUUGAAGGCCUGAAAGGCAGAAACUUAAUAAUAUUGUUUAAGAUUAAGCUUUCUUCUUAACAAACUUUGUCUAAGUUUCUCUUAAGAGAGCCCCCCUUUCCUGUAUGUCUGCUUAAAAUAAUAUGUUCCUUUGCUCCUGUUAUGUCUUGCAUGAUAUUCCUUAGGUGGCGAUUUAUUCUUCUUUCCCCCUCUCCUCCAUAGCUAACAUGUUCUGAACAUGUUUAUUCAGUAAAAUUUGUUUAAAGAUCUGUUCCGGACGUAGUCAUUAUCACCUGGGCUGUAUUAUUAUUAUUAUUAUUAUUAUUAUUAUUUCAUUUAUGACUCAUU